UUCAUCGGUGCAGUUGGGCGUUGGACUCAGCAUCUUAUUAGUGACCAGGGAAAUUUCUCCAUUUUCUGAGCUGUCUACAGUGUCACGGGCACAAAUUUGGGAAUUAAAAAAUUACUUGAACUCUCCAGAGGGUUUUUUUCUACACUUUUUCUCUCGGAGACUGGAUUUGAUCGCUGUUUUCAGUGCGCUCGUGAGCCAGGUGUUUUAUUCUAUAAGGAAGAGGCUUGUUGCUCUUUGUUCUGUAUUGGGAUCUGUUGAGCUCUUUGUUGGAGAGAAAGCAUGGGAGCGCAAUUCUCUAAGACAGCUGCAAAGGGAGAAACGGCUGCAGAAAAACCCGGAGAGGCUGCAGCUUCACCCUCCAAAGCUAACGGACAGGAAAAUGGCCACGUGAAGGUGAACGGAGAUGCAUCUCCAGCGGCUGCUGAGGAGAAGGAAGAGGUUCAUGCUAACGGCAGUGCAGCAGCUGAGGAGGGAGAGAAGGCUGAGGCAGCUCCAGCUGAAAAGCAGGCUGUGGAGGAAGAUCCAGCAAACACAGAAGUGAGUGCAGCCACUGAAGAGGAGGCCGCGAAAGCUGAGGAUGCCGCAACUCCAUCCACAAGCAACGAGACGCCGAAGAAGAAGAAGAAGCGCUUCUCUUUUAAGAAGUCCUUCAAGUUGAGCGGCUUCUCUUUUAAGAAAACCAAGAAGGAGACGGGGGAUGGAGAUGGCGGUGAGGAGGAGGCCAAAACCGAGGGAGCUGAAGCUGUUGAAGCAGGUGUGUCAGAAGAAAAGGAGGCAGAAUCCAAACCAGAGGAGAAACCAGUAGAGGAGCCCGAGGCUGCCAGUCCUGCCCCUGAGGAGUCCAAAGAGGAGGAGAAACCCGCAGAGUCCGCAGCGGUGACAGAGUCUGCUCCUUCUAAGGAUGAAGCACCUGUAGCAGAGGAAUCCACUCCCACUGUUCAAGAAGCAGAAUCCAGUCCAGAGGUACAUGCAGAGUCUGCCACAGAGUAAUGUGCACCGUGCAGAUCAACAGAGAAAGAGGGAAAUGAAACGACAACAACAGAUAAUCAAGGCAUAUUUCCCUGUUGUACAGUGGAGUGGUCCCAGGUUGAGACAUUGGAGAACUUUGUUUGCAACAAGGAAGAUUUGAAAGCUUUUUAGUCUUUACUUUUUUAUACAUUUCCAGUCUCCCCAAAUUUCACUCUGCCUUUGUGGCUAUUCCUGAAGCUGCGAAAAAUGGGUGGCUACAUUGAAUAAUACAGAAAAUUUUGAAUUUGUCUCUCAUAUAUUUUUUGCAUCAGUAUUAACUCUCUUUAUUUGUUUUUGUUUUUGCAUUUUUAUACCAAACAAUGUAAACAUUUAUGAAAAUGUAUAGACAUCCCUGUGGAUUGAAGGCAGCUGGGUUAGGUAGGGGUCAAAGAGGGGUGCAGGGAUUGGGAAUGAGGGUUUUUACAUUUUGGCACCUUGAUGAGGUGUUACACCACAGACUAGCAUGUAGUAGUACAAAAACAGAACAACUGUUAAUUCAUCCACUACAGUUUUCAAUACAAAAAGUGAUUUUUCUUUUUUUUUUUUUUUUUUAUAAAUAAUAAUAAUAACAAGCCAAUUUAACUUACAAUGCCAAGUUUAAAACAGCAAUUUUAAAGGUCCUGGGAACUUUAGACCCUUUUUCUUUAUUUUUUAGCUCUAACAGUCUGUGAAUUCAGUGGAAAACAAUUUGCAUAUGCUUCACAGUGGAUUGCUGAUUCGAUGAGCUUAUUAAAGUGUAAGUAUGUAUAGAAGGGGUGUUUUAACUGAUUAUUGUACAAAUUAUAUCUUGAUCUCAAGAAGCACAUGCAGCUCUUCUAUCACCAAGUCUGUUUUUGUAAGUCAUCCUCAGAGCAUUGGAACUUUUUUUUUUUUCUUCUUUUUUUUUUAACUCAAACCAAGCUGUGACACGUAUUCCUGUUUAUACUGUGGUUUUGAUUACAACAGAUGAUGCUUUUUCAGUGGUCUUUUGACAAAAUUAAGGAACCUAUCAGAUGCAAUGUUUGUGUAGCAUCUUGUCUCUUUCUUUUGUAAAUAUUGGAGAAGCUUUUACCUUUGACUUAGAGAUUGAAUGUAACUUUGCUUACAAAAUUGAUAUUAAACUUCUCUGCUGAAGGUGUUCUAAAUUUUAUGUGAGCACACUAAAAGCAAAAUAAAUGUGAAUGAAAUUUGAA